UCUCUCGCUCUCUCGCUCUCUCUCUUUCUCUCUCGCUCUCUCUUGCUCUCUCUCUCUCCCUCGCUCUCGCCUGUCUUCAUGUCGUGGAUUGAUGAACGCGAAUCGCGUGUAAGCGCCGCCACCGCCGGGAGUCUGAGGAAUUCGCCUGGGCUGUUAAAGGAAAGAGCGAAGUGAGAGAGAGCGAGAGCUCUACCUACCGACAGUAAGGAGAGACGCCGGCAGCAGCCAGCCAGCUUAGCUCCUCGUCUUGCUCUCCCCUUUAGCCUAUGGAGCUGCCCUGAACGAGGGCAGAGGCAGACAGAGACAGGCACCCAGGAGCGUCCCCAAUCCUCCCCUAACCCCCAGCUCAGCCUAGCCCAACUUAGGGGAGCCAGUCAGCCUGGGGUUUGCAUCUGCGGGGGCGGUGAUUCGGGGUAUCUGGCAGGGGGUGUCAGGAGCCAUAGGAGAGGGGGCCGUGGGGUUUUCAUGCUCCCAGCAUGAGCUCCUACUUUGUCAACCCCCUGUUCUCCAAAUACAAAGGCGGUGAGUCCUUGGAGCCGGCGUAUUACGACUGCCGGUUCCCUCAAAGUGUGGGUAGGAGCCAUGCCUUAGUAUACGGCCCGGGCAGCACGGCGCCCAGCUUUCAGCACGCCUCGCACCACGUCCAAGACUUCUUCCACCACGGGACUUCGAGCAUCUCCAACUCCGGCUACCAGCAGAACCCGUGUUCCCUCAGCUGCCACGGAGACGCCUCCAAAUUCUAUGGCUACGAGGCGCUCCCCAGACAGCCUCUUUAUGGGGCUCAGCAAGAGGCGAGCGUCGUGCAAUAUCCCGACUGUAAAUCCUCCGCCAACAGUAACAGUAACGAAGGACAAGGGCACCUAAAUCAAAACUCGUCUCCCAGUCUCAUGUUUCCAUGGAUGAGACCCCACGCUCCUGGGCGGCGCAGCGGACGACAAACUUACAGCCGGUAUCAGACCUUGGAACUAGAAAAGGAGUUUCUCUUUAAUCCAUAUUUGACACGAAAGCGACGGAUUGAGGUCUCACACGCCCUGGGACUGACUGAAAGACAAGUGAAGAUUUGGUUCCAGAACCGGAGGAUGAAGUGGAAAAAGGAGAACAACAAGGAUAAACUUCCUGGAGCCCGAGAUGAGGAGAAAACAGAAGAAGAAGGGAACGAGGAAGAGGAGAAAGAAGAGGAAGAAAAAGAAGAGAACAAGGACUAAAAGGGGGAAAGAUUUUUUUUUUUUCUUUUAGCAACUCCCUUGAAGUUUCGUUUUAUGGUAGAGGAUAAAUUGAGAAGUUUACGACUGUCAUUCGCUUUUAUAGAGAAUAGAAUGAGACUCACAACUGUAACUACCUGUCAAAUACUUGUAACUCUGGUUUUACGAUCAUUGGACUUCCCCUUAGCUUUAUUUUUUUGGGGGCUGGGGAGGGGAGAUGAGGGUGCUGGGAUGAUUCUGGGUGGAGGCGGGAGGAGGAAUCUCGACACAGAAAAGUUUUGGCUCCUGUCUCAACAAGCUCCCCACCACCCUACACACACACACACACACACACACACACACACACACACACACACACAAACAAACAAGCUCCUCCAGCCUCUCUCCUCUCCUAGUAUCUCAGAUUUGCCCUUCUCCCUCUUUUCUCUCCCUUUGGAUAUAAACUACAGUCCCACCUCACUGAUUCUUUGGUAUUUAUUUUUAUAGGGGAGUCCUUCCUUCCAGGCUCUGAAAGAGUUGAGGGGAAGGAGAGAAAAGGAAUUCCUUACUUUUUCUUCUGUGCUAUGAUUAUAUUAUUGAAUUUUCCCCUCGAAUUUAUUGUUCCUUUUGGGGGAGAAGGAAGAUCCCUAUUUAGAGUGACUCUCUUGGCUUUUUCUUGGAACCUUAGGGAGACCUGACUUUUUGCUGCCCCGAACCCCUAAGAAGCAGAGAUCAGUAUGUAGCCUCUCUCUAUAGAGUUCCUUCUAGCCAGGCCACGGUCAGUCCCCCCGCCAGUGAUCUGUGGUUUCUGUUGUCCAAAAAGACAACAGCUCUGUGUCCAGUUUCCCCAGUCCCUAUAUGUGUUAGCUCUCUGAAAUAAUAAUAAUAAUAAUGAUAAUAAUAAAUCUUUAAUGUACUACCUAAAGGGAACCUGCAAUAAUCUUGAAGAAGAAGAAAAAAAAAAAAAAAAAAAAAA